CAGAAAGGCUAUAAUUUAUAAGUCAAUAUAAAAUAAUUUGUUGAUUUUUUAUGUUAUUUAAGGUUAAAAUUGAUAUUUCACCACUGUGUUCUUGUUUACGUAUAAGAAAUGGAAAAUUAUUUCAAAGGUAAAAAUGUCGAAGAAGAACUGGAAAGAAAUAAAAUACCUAUAAAGGAUCUUCCCACUGAUUUUCUUUGGAUGCAAGUCAAAGGAGGUAGCAAGAUGAGCAAUCUCCUCGCCCAUGCAUCCGGUAUUCUAGAAGACAAAGCAGCGACCUCGGUAGUGUGGACAGGAACUAGAGUUGCCAUACCUAAAGCCAUAUCGUGUGCAGAAAUUCUUAAAAGACAAUUUUCUAUUGAACACCAAGUAACAAAACUUACAUAUAAAAAAGUUGAAGAGUAUUGGGAGCCAAAGAUUGAUGGACUUGAAAAAAUAAUAGUGAAAAGAGAAAUACCUGUUAUUCAUAUAUUUUUAUCUAUUAAUGAAAUUCAAGACCAAAAUCAAAUAGGUUACCAAUCUUUGAAAGGGAAGAAAUUUUGGCAAAAAGGACAAACCAGCACUAUUAGUAAAAACCAGCAAGCAUACAAAACCAAGAAGCCCUUUAAGCAUAAAAAGAAUCAACUUGAAUCAUGAGCCUGUUGUAGUUUAAUACAUUUGCUGUAUCAGUGUAAUAAACUAUGAAGAAUA